AUGCCUGACCACUUUCCAAUGGAAGAGAACCUGCAAAAGGUCAUGUCAGCCACAGUAACCCCUCAUGAGUCACGGCGAGAUUCGCUCCCUGAUUCACUUUCCGACUCCCACUCAGACUCAUCAGAUCAAGGCUCAGAGGUGGCACAUGAGCCAAUUCAAGAGCGAUAUGACAACCCCUCCUACUCUCGUUUUCGACGGGUGGCUUCGAAAACAGUCGUUUCCUUCGGGCCUAACGAUCCAGAGAACCCAGUCAACUGGAAGAAGACAAGAAAGUUUCUAGUCCUUCUCGCCGGUGUCAUGCAGGUCAUGAACAGUACCAUCGGCUCGUCCAUCUGCAGCAAUGCCAUCCCACAAAUUGCCGAGGAGUUCAAUAUUACCAACCAGCAAAUGCUAGUUCUACCCAUCUCUAUAUUCCUAAUUGGGUACAUUCUUGGCCCUUUGGUGUGGGGACCCAGCUCCGAAUAUUUUGGUCGCAAAAAGCCAUUACUCAUUGCCUUUAUUGGGUUUAUGAUCUUCACACUAGCCUGCGCGGUGGCUAAUUCAUAUGCAUCACUAUUGAUUUUCCGACUUCUCAACGGCAUGAUGGCAUCUUCUCCAAUCGCGAUUACCGGUGGUUUAUUUGCUGACGUCCACGACGACCCUACCCUGCGAGGUCGCCUCAUGGCGUACUAUAUGGCUUGCACUACAUUCGGCCCGAUCAUGGGUCCCUGGAUCUCCGGAUUUGUUGCCGUCGUUAGUUGGCGAUGGUGCUUCUGGAUUGGACUCAUCUGCUCCAGUGCAACUUUGCCCUUGGUCAUCUUCAUGCCUGAAACAUACGGUCCCGUUAUCCUGACCCGCCGAGCUAAGAAGCUGCGAAAGGAAACUGGAAAUUCAAAUAUCGCGUCCCCAUUGGAGCUUGAGAGCCGCAACCUUCGCAGAAUGUUCAUCAUCACCAUCUCCCGGCCUUUCCGAAUGAUCUUCCACGAGUCGAUUGUCUCUUUGACAUCUUUGUACCUGGCACUGGCAUAUGCAAUCUUUUACCUAUACUUUGAGGCAUAUCCAAUCAUCUUUCAAGACAUUUACGGCAUGAGCGCUGGUGUUUCAGGUCUGAUGUUCUUGCCCAUUGGCGUGGGUGCACUCCUUGCCUGUGUGGUCUUCAUCUGGUACGACGGGUUCCUCGCCCGGGCUAAAGCCCGUGAAGCAAGCUGGGCAAAUAUCGAAGAAUAUCGACGACUCCCACUUGCUUGCAUUGGAGGCCCAUUGUACGUCAUCUCACUAUUCUGGGUGGGGUGGACAGCCUCUCCCAAUAUACAUUGGGUUGUGCCCUUCUUGUCAGGUAUUCCAUUUGGAAUGGGCUACCUGCUUAUCUUCAUGGCAAUGCUUAACUACCUCACCGACGCUUACGAGACACUGUCUGCGAGUGCUCAGUCGGCAGCUAGCUGCACACGAAGCAUCUUGGGUGCAGUCCUUCCUUUGGCCACUAGGCCGAUGUUCGACAAGCUAGGUGUUCAUUGGGCAUGCAGCCUGAUCGCCUUCCUCAGUCUUGGGGUUUCUAUCAUUCCGUUCGCGUUCAUUCGUUACGGUGACCGCAUCAGAAGCAACAGCAAAUUCUGCCAAGAGUUGAAGAGGAUCAAGGAAGCGGAGCGCCUCGAGAUCGAGAGAGAGGAACGCCUGGAAAAGGACUCCAAUAAUUUGGAGAUCGUUCCAUCAACCAACACGGGUCAGAUUUCUCGAAUCGAAACAGCUCGCAGUCAUGCAGAUAAGGCAUCAAUCAUCUGCUAA